AUGAGUAAUGUGCCACCAAGAACGAACUCUCUCGCGUUCGCAAAGUCGGAUUGUCAUACGUGCAAGUCAAAGCAGAGAAAAUGCGACAGGCAACGACCAAUCUGCAAGACUUGCCAGGACGCUGGCGAUAAGUGUGCCGGCUUUCAAACACGUUUAGUGUGGGAAGGCAGCGACCUGCCAUCACGCCGAGGCGAUGACAGUCGACGGCGACAUAAGGCACCAGCACGUGCAGAAGCCAGCGAUGGAGCAAAGACAUCAGGAACUGAUGGUGGAGUGAUUAAAAGAUCUCUACCCUCGAGAAAAGCCGAACGCGAGUUUGCAUUUGUGUCAAGUUGGCCGCCUAGGCCACGGAAGAAGCACACUAGGAAGAACUCAGUGACUUCAAAAGAGAACCGUCCACCACCGUCGAACACAGUGACAGCAACGACUGAAGACGUUGCGCCCAACGUAAAUCAGAGAGUAAGCCCUCAUGCAGCAUUCAAGCAGAAGGAGGCGGUGCAUCCGAAUGCUGAUAAGGUUGCGUUUGCGCGUCCGACGAUGAUGGACCCUACACAAGUAAUAUUUCCCGAAGACGGUACAUACGCGGUCUGGUCAGUUGACGGAGCAAGAGAAGAAGUUCCGAUCUUAACUUCUAGCUAUAUUGCCGAUCGGUGGGCUGUAGAUGAAGAAAGCCAUGCGAGUUUCGCUCAACCUUGGCCUGAGUCUGUCGAAGCAGGGUACUUUCAGAAUCCCAUGGCCCUCUCCAAAGUCCACCAUCAGAUUCCAUUCGUUAUGAGCCAGAGAUUCAUGACUUCGAUCCCGCCUCAUGUCCAGUAUGCCAGUAUACAGGAUCAGUAUUCAGUUUUACUGGACAGAUACGAUCAGGAAUUCUGCAAAUACCCGAUCACGAUCGAUCUGGAUACCAAUCCGUUCCGGUAUCGAAGAGAAACUUCGAGAGGCUCCAAACAUCUGUUCCAUGCGAUUAUUGCGCUCGCAUGCCAUUACAGAAAAGAUUAUCGACGAGAUAAGCCGCCUCCUUUGGAAUUCUACGAACACAAGAAUCAAUCUGUGGUGCUCUACAAAGAAGCUCUGCAGGGUUCGCAGAUUCAACACCAGAGUUUACCUGCUCUGGACACGUUGCUUGCCUUGUGGUGUAUUGAUACUACAGAGGCGGCUCUGAACGAUUGGAGAACUCACCUGAGUAACGCAUAUGCACUGCUCGAACUCGCUGGUGGCGUAAACACGUGGUCACUGUCCUUUCGGACUCAAACGCAAGUCGCCAUGUUUUUAUGGUGGGACGCCGUUGUAUCAUUGACAUCACGUCGUGCUCCGACCAUGCCCUACUCAUACUUUGAAGCAGUCCUUCAGUGGGAAAGCUCCCCCUUUUGGACAUUUUUUGACCUUGUUGGCAUUCCUCGAGAACUGCUGGUCCCACUAAUGCAGUUUGCCCAUCUAGUCGGGCAGAUGAACAGCAAAAACAUGUCCCAAAAGACAUUGCGCAAAAUCGUUACCGAAAUUGAGUCGAACCUGAAGGGCCAUCACUCUCUCCAGGAGGAUCUAGAAUCCGACGAUACGGACGAGGAUAAGUUGCAAGAGGCGAGAGAUCGAUUUCAUUGUUGUGAGGCCAUCCGACACUCACUACAGAUAUACGCUAUCAGAGUGUUCCCCGAUCAGAAUAUUCCCGUUGCCCGAAGGAGUGCUAGACUCAAAUAUCUGAGCCGACUGAGUCUAGACCACGUCAUCUCAAUACGAACAUCGUCGGACACUUUGAAGCAGUUGUUACUUCCGAUUUUUUUCGCAGGCGCCGAGACGGAUGAUCAACGCCACAAGGAUUUCAUCCGCGGAUACUGUGAGCGAUGGUAUGGAGUAUUUGGGUAUGAUAUGUUUCCUACCACCGCAGAAAUUCUGGAAGAGGUCUGGGCCAGCCAACUUAUGGUCCACCAGGAACUAUGGUGGGGAGAAGUGAUUGACAUGCGAAGGCAUGCCUGUCAAGAAGGAGACUACGACUUUUGCUUUGGGUAG